CAGCCAACAAACAUCAAGCAACAUGGAGCUGUACUGCAAGCAUCUACUGGCCACAGUUUUGCUGCUGAUGCUGCAGCAAGUCUAUAGUCAGGACGCAAUUACCAAUUACUGUCAACCGGGGUUGUGCCCUUCACUUAAAAGACAUAUUGGCUGCAAGAACAAUGGUGAGCUAGCCAGGUUCUGUCCAGCCAGUGCGCAGAUUUUGAAUCUUACUCAGCAUCAGCCGAUCAUUCUAAACCAGCACAACCAGCACCGGAAUUUGCUUGCCUCUGGCAAGUUGGAGAACUUAAAGGUGCCCGAGAAAAUGGCCACAAUGCAAUGGCAUGAGGAACUAGAGAAGCUGGCUAUGCUCAAUGUAAAACAAUGUUCGCUAAAGUAUGAUCCAUGCCACAAUACUCCAGAGUUUCGUAAUUCUGGUCAAAAUUUGGCACUGGUUAAAAUAAAUAAGACUGAUAUGUCGAAUGAGGAGCUGAUCAAUUCUACAAUUGAUCGCUGGUGGGAUCAGCACAAAAACAUAACACAGCAGCGAGUGGAAUACCUGCCCAAGGAACCCAAAAUUACCGACCUUGUGCGUAACUUUGCGGUGAUGGCGCGCGACAACAACACACAUGUGGGCUGUGCGGCCAUAAGAUAUGGCUUGGGACAGACGCAAAACUUUCUAAUGGCCUGUAACUACGCCAGCAAUUAUAUGCCCGAGUAUGCCAUUUAUAGAGUGAAGAGUCUGAACUGCCAGAACGGUUAUGACAGAUUGUAUCCGGCAUUGUGCAAGGCUGGCGAGCAGUAUAGAGAUGUCGAGCCAUUGGAGCCGAACAAGUGGUGAAAUUAAAACAAUUAAAAUAAUUCAAAUAUUUAUGAAUAAAGUUUAUUAGGCCCACACGGUGCAAGCAAAUUAUAAAAG